AUGUACAGAUUAACAAGAUCACCACCUGAAACAGAUACAAACUCUUCGUCGGAUGAUUAUGAAGAUUCCAACUCCAUCGACGAGGUUGAAGCCACUUUGAGGAAUUUGGACGACGAGCUCCAUGACACGGAGCAGGCGGUGUCAACAUGGUCUUCAAGCUCUUCAAAUGGACCUGGGCAACCUCAAUCUUCUUACUCGUCGACAGGCUACGGAACGUACACGGGGACUGGAACAUAUUCUUACACGGCCACUCCAACCGGCUUCUCUGGUUCCCAAUCAUUCACUUCUCUCCCGUCUCUUCUUGCAACCCAUUCUUCAAAUUCAACAACCACUCAAAAUCCACGACAAUAUCCACCUACUUCCAACGACCCUCGAAUUCGACUCAGUCAUAUCACUGAGCGAACUGAACGUACUGAGUCGAGGCCAGUGUCGGGCGUAUCAUCUCAUGCUACCGUAGUCCCAACGCGACCACGUUCGGCCCUUUUACCUCGUUCCCCAGGAGGCCACGGAAGGCCUUCAUUGGACCCAGGGCAGGGCAGAGAUUUGCCUCCGCCAGGACGAACGAACGAGCUAAUAGGGCUCUUUGAAGCGACGAGCUCAGGAUCUCGAUCCCGAUCCACUUCACCGACUAAACAAACUGCUCGUUCUCAAACCCCGACAACGACGUAUUCAACAUUGAUGUCGCCUCCUCUGAGGCCAUCGACGGCAACAGGAACCUACACCUCUACUGGUUUUACCCCCUUAACACUCUCAUCUUCGGCGUUUACGCCAACUAUCACGCAGACGGGCACUGCUACAGGUACUUAUACCGCAACCGAAACCGGAAGUCCUGAACGUACACCUGCCAGUACGUUGCGCAGGCCGCAGCAGAGUUCGCCGAGAAGUCCUCUCGCGAGUGUUCGAAAUAUUGUUGCUCUCUGGAAAGAGCGUACACCGACUAAAAGUCGUCCUAGAGGUACUUCGGUAUCUAGUGGGAGUGUUUCCCCAACCCCAGAAUCUCGUCAGCAUCCUCGGAGUGAGACUGCACCUGCUGCUGCUGAAGGAUCUACCCGACCUGAAGGUAACGAGGGACUUUUUGGAUUACGAAGGCGGGCUAGCGGUCGCAGCGUUGAAGGCCAGGAUGAACGACGAAGCAGAGCCAGUGGGAAUAGUAUUGGUAUCGACGUCAGUGAGCUCAGCGGAUUCUUGGGCGGGAAUAGCGGCGAAACGCCUCUACAUCUCGGCAAUCUUUACUAUCUCAACGUCCACACUGCUCCUCCUUUCAUAUGGCAAAGAUGCCAGGCACUGUUAUAUCGAAAUACGCUGUUGUUGUCGUGGCUUGCUCCGACUUCAUCUGCAGAACGAGCACCUAUGGGCAGGGCGGUGGUGCAACUGGAUCUCAUGAAUUGUUUGACAGUGGAAAGUGCGCUCAGUCUCAGUCAUCCGAGGGCUAGAGAUGAUGUCGGUGCUAUUACGGCUCGACAACAAGACUCGAGGAGAACUGCGACCGAUUCCGAAGGACUCAUCGAUUCUCUGGUGCCAUUCUGGAUGAUAUAUGGUGAUGGUGUAGAAAGGCUUGCCUGCGAAAGCCUUGUUGAAAGGCAGAGGUGGAUUGGUCGUAUCUGGGAAGCCAUUAAUAAUCCUCCAACUCCAACCCUCACUCCCUCAUACACACGAUCUCGUUCCCCUACUGGUUCUAUCCGGACUAUCAUGUCGGUCGAAUCUCGCUCAAGUGCAUCGACUGCUAGUAGCAGUGCCUCAGCAGGUAGUCGAAGCACCGUGUUUGUGCCAGCUAUGGCGGAUAUCCCUGAGAUGACAGGCAUCGACGAUUUCUACGCGUCUGAAUCUGAUAGGUCCGGUCGUGGCUCCCCGAGCAAGACAUCUAGUUCCUCUAGCAGAAAAUAUGUCUCUUUUUCUGACGAUUCUGAGUCGGGUGUACGAAGGCGCCCUUCAGUUUUCAUGUCAUCUUAUCACGAUAGGACUGUUGACGAUACUGUGAUCAGUGGAGAUGACUACAUCUAUCCCGGUGAUUCGAGAGCAAUCACUGGCAGAAGGUCAAGCACGAGAUUGAGGAGAAGCGGCAGUAUGACUGAUAUUGGGAGCGAUUUCCAGACCAACCGCAGGUACAUAGGGUCGAGUUCUGAGGAAGAGGAUGAGAGAUUUGUUACUGCUGAUUCGAGCACGCCGCGAAGCUCUCGUUACUCGUCUGCAGCUUCUUAUGAUUCGCGAACUAGGAGUUAUACUGAUACCUUCACGAGGACCGGAACGUAUGCGGAGACGGGACCUUACACUAGUAUUGGGUAUGUUACGCCAUCUAGAUCGACGGGAGUUACCGAGAUCACUGGUUACACCGGUUAUACUCGAAGUGACGUUGUAACGGGAACAGGCACAUGGACAGACUCGAGAAGUGGGACUGGGACUUGGACAGGCUCAGGUGGACGAACCGUAACAGGAUUUACAACCUCAGAUACGCGUGCUGCCCCGUCGACAUUGUCCUAUCGCGGGACAGAGAGUGUCAGCAUGCUAGGAGAUUCACAUGAUUCGGGGACGUACACAGGUAGUCCAUACACUAGGACCACGACAUUCACUGGGUCACCUUACACAAAUACGAACAGUCUUUCCUACACUUCAUCGCCAUAUACGAGAAGCAUUAGUCCAUACAGCUCCUCAACCCCAUAUACAUACACACCUACCACGACUACGACGUCGCUCAGUCGAACAAGGGAGGUGAGAAGACGAACGAGAACGUCUUCAUAUUCUCAUUCAUCUAGUGGGAAAAGUGGAACGGGAAGUGCAAGUGGGAGUGGAUAUCAACCGUCUGGUAGUGACGAGACCAGUGAUAAGGAGAAUGAGGGAAGCCUAUCUGGCGGACUCCGGGUUGAUGGUGAAAGCCAUACAGGGUCUGGAUCCACAGGUCCUCUGAGCAGGACUCGAUCCAGCGAAACGGGUUACGACAUUUGCCCUUCCUCGGACCUUUCGGAGCUUACAGGUCGAACAAUCACGUAUUCUUCGACAUCGUUGACAAUGGACAGUACUCCCCCAGCCUCGAUUCCUCCUUCAUCUUCGUCUGAACGGGAUUCUGGCGAUGAAAACUUCAUUACGGCCCCAUCUGCGUCUGAGUAUGCAAGCGCAAGAUCGCCCUCCAUCGCAUCUUUCGAAUCGCUUCCAUCUAUCCCAUCUCUGUACAGCACGGCCAGCGAAGGUUCUACUCGUUACAGGACAGCAUCAGAACCAUCUACUACACGCUCUACGCAGUAUCAAACAGCGGAUAUCUGUCCUAGUGAAAUCGGGGUGAUACCAAGUGAAGAAGGAACACCUAGGGCAUCGGAGAUUGGACUUCCACCAGAAUCAGAAGGAGAACGGGAGGUUACACCAAGCGAGGUUCCACUACCGAGUGUAGUACCUAGUAUCGCAUCAUCUCCCAGCUCAAUAUCCAUUUCUUCACCUUCAACUGUGUCUAGUGUUCGCGCUGAAGACAUCCCCCUUCCUGAAUCUGUUGCCUCGGAAUCGGAUCUAGAUAUCUCGCCCUCCCCAUCAUCAGUGACCAGUCUUCCUUUACCUCCACCAUCUACGGAGAGUAGCAUUCUGCUUACCUUAUCACCGAGCUUACCUAGCGUCUCUUUACCUCCCGAAAGCACCGAGGUCCAAUCUUCUAUUGAAUUCACCGAAAGUGAUGAGAGUGUCGCCCCCCCAGAAAGUACUGAACCACCUAUGACCUCGGUAGUGUUGACACCGACGCCUACGCCCACCGAGCCUUCUUCGUCGAGUAUCAGCCCGUCACAGCCUAGCUCAAGUUCAUCUUCGGAGACACAAAGUCUUCAAUUGCCAUCCUUGGUGCCCACGACAACUGUCUCUAUGCGCACUAGUUUCUCCACAGAGUCGAGUCUGACACCAACUGUCUUGACUACUCGACCCGAGUCGACACACAGAGCGGAGUCUCCUUUACCUCCAUCUCCACGAUGGGCGAGUGAAACAAAUGUCUCAUUUGAAUCAUCACAGCUCGAACCGUCACCUAGUAUCCGGAGCAUUGCUUUACAAGAGGGACCGGAUGUUUCCUUCGAAACCUCUUUUCUCCGAGCCACUGCGUCACAGUCAUCAAUCGGGCGAAUGAGUACAAUUCCCGGUACUCCCACAGUGACAACCACAUCGACACCCUCAACACGUUGGCGAUUUGAGUUGUCGCCGGUUCUUCCUUCUCCUCCUUCCUUAGACCUCAGUUCUGAGGUACCGACUCCAACCAGUCUGGUGUUCUCUGAAUCGUCGUCGGGCAUGACUAGAUCGCCUUCGACCUCCUCGAGAUCAUCUGGUACGAGUGUCAGUUCGUCUGUUUCCACGUCGAGCUGGAUAGUCGAGCCAGAACGACCGAGGGAAUUGGAAGAUGAAGAAGCAAUGAGGAUGAGUCAGAUUUCGACUGAGCCGAGCUUGUUGAGUACACCUAGGGCUUCUAGAGUGGGUUCGGUAGUCAGUGAUCAGAGCUUGAGUACAAUCACGCCUUCGGCUUCGAUCAGUGUCAGCAUUUCCACACCUCAAGGUGACAGGCCAUCGACACGUUCAACUUUGUGGACAAUUCCGUCGCAGCAGUCACCUUUUUUGCGCUCGCCCUCGAGUCCAUUGCCUUACGAGGAUGAAAGACAUGCAGAUCCCGGUGCCCCCGCAGCCCCUGGUCUUGACAUUCCUCGCGAUCUUAAUCUUCUCAUUGAAGAGGUUCGUCGAUAUGACCAGAAUAGGGGAGUGGAGAAUAGGGACAUGGGUCAUACACUUCAUGACCUGCAGAACGAGCUUCGGAACAUCUCUGAACUGCUUCACAGACCUCAAACACACUUUGCUGAAGAACGAGUCGGCCGGAGUACUCCAAGCACAACAUCACAUCUGGAUGUUCCUGUUUACGACGAUCUGACUCUUGCUGCACCUGGUCAUACUCAGCUAAGCCGUGCUACGAGUUCCGUAAGCAGUAUUUCCUUCCUUUCUUCUCACCAUUCCGAAGAUUGGGAGCUCUACGGGAGGCCGGAUUCCCCUAUCCCCAGUUUCUCAGAGAGUGACGGAUCGAGUAGCUCCUCAAGUAGUUCUUCCUUCUCCUCCAGUGCUCCUUCUCCGUCCACACUAUCGGAUUCAUUAGGACCCCCAGUUUCUACCUCUGCUACUCCCACACCUCCACCCCUCUCUUCAUCUUCAACCUCACGUUCGGUUUCGACAAUACGGGGUGUACCACCUAGUGGUCCUAAUCCAAUUCCACUUCUAAACGAAAUCAGAGAUCAAGUCCGAGCAUUGUGGGAUGGCCAGCUCUCCACGAACCACAUACUUGACCAGCUUCGGGAACGACCUACGAUGGCCGACAACAUGCCACUCUGGGAGCGACUCAACCGCGUCGAGGAAUUAUUGCGACAAUUAACUGAGCAACUCCGCCAACCACCACCACCUCCAGUAACCAUGCCAAUACCUCAACCCGUGGUGCCCGAGCCAGAUGAUGCAGAAACAGUGUCCAGUCUUGAUAUAGAUACAAUACUACAGAAUUGGAGUAGAACACACCCGACGAUUGCUCCUUUGCCACGGCAACAAGCCCGCACUGGGCCAACACUCGCAGAGCAGCUUGAUGCACUCAUAAAUCAGGCUGAACGACCGACCGGACCUGCUGUUCAACAUCCAGAAGCUGUCAGGUCGAUUAGAUCAUUGAGUAUUAUAGUUCCUGUUCAAGGAACGCCGAGUCCACCUCUCGGAGAGGUGCGGAUGCCUCCUCAUGAGCCUUUCACGAUUGAAAGAGUACAUACUGAGCCACCACCACAUGCACACAUGCGUAGACCUCAUCCUGCGGAUAGGACGCGAGCAAGAGGUCAGCAAUCACAGAUGGAAGGGCAGCCCCCAAGGCAAGGACCACUACAGCAACAGCAACAGCAAUUUCCUCAACAACAACUUGAUUCUCCAACGAUGGAAAUGGGUGAUAGGCGUCAUGAAGAUGCAAGCACGCGUCCACGGCACGAUCUGCCGCCGCCUCAACUCUUACCGCUUCCUGGCACUGAAGCAGGUCGAAGAACCGCACCUCCAAAUUUGGGUGCUGGGCCUCCCUCUCCCCACGGCCAAAGCUGGUAUCGGGAACGUCAACAGCGACCUCAAGGCCCUCCAGUAGUUCCAGGUGGUGUACCACCGCCAGGUGAAUUUUCGAAUGUUCCGGGUCAGCAGCACCAGCAACAACCUGGUGGACAAGCGAGCAUAUACGUUCCAAUGCCUCCUGGACCGGUGGUAGUACCGGGUCUCGAUAGGCUCAUAGAGCAAAAUGAUGCUAUCAGGGAGGUAAUUCUCACUAACGGUGCGCAAACCGAUGAACUAUUGCGUUACAUGAGGGACCUCAAUGGUUGGCUGGAACGCGACGUACAAGAUCGGCAAAAUGAGCUACGUGGAGUGCUUGCACACAUUAAUGCUUUAAGAGAACAGAUGGGAGAUCUUCACAGAGGUCGGCCCAUGACUGACGAAGAUAGGUCGAGCUCAUCGGGUAUAUCGACAGAGGAAGGAACCCCCCGUUUGGCAGCACCCAUACCUUCAAUCCCCGGUUAUCCUCCGGGGUUUGUUCCUCAUCAAGGUGCUGCCGGAGAACCUCCCGUGAUACCUAUGGGAGGGACUGGUGUGCCUCAUCCUCAAGAAGGUCCCGUGAUUCCAGGUGUAGUUCCACCACAACUCCAAACGCACUUUGGUAUUCCUCCCGCGCCUAUUGUGCUUCAGCAACCUCCCGGGCGAGUUCCUGUAAUUCCGAUGGAUGGCUUUGCUUCGCGACCUGGCAUGAACAUGCCUGAACCUAGUGUCGCGCCGCCUGGUCAACCUACAGUCUUCAUUCCACCAGCAUAUACGGCGCCUGUUUCAGACAUUCCAAUCGUCCAUAUGGCCGGAACUUCUGGCAGUAGCAGCAGCAGUAGCUCCAGUCCGCGUACUCGCUCUUAUCGAUCUCAUUCGCGACGUCCAAGUUCUCGUUCUCGUCGAAGUCGAAGUCGAAGCAGUCGAACACAUAGUCCAGAAACGAUUUUACCCAUGCGACCACCGCAUGGACCAUCGCCACAAAUUGUCACAGUUCCUGUUCCUACUACAACAAUUCCCCAUCCAGGUUCUCCGAGGCAUCCUGAUAUACCGGGUACGGCCACUCCAGCUCCAGCUAGUGCUGCUCCUCCUGUAGUGAUAAAUAUUCCCCCGCAACCUGGUGGGAUGAUGCCCGGUGGAAUGAUGCCUGCACCAGGCAUGGUUCCAACCAUGUCAGGAUAUCCUCAACCUCAACCUCAGACUGUUGUCAUCCGCAGUGGCCGCUCAUCCAGGUCUUCGUCUAGGUCAUCUACCAGUGGAAGGAGGAGUCGGAGUCCGGCGCAUGUGGUCGUUCAUACAACACCGUCAAGACGGUCUGGUCGGUCUGGUCGGUCCUCUAGACGCAGAAGUCGUUCGCGUUCGCGUUCACGUUCACGCUCGCCUCACAUUAUUAUGCAAGGCCAACCAAUGCAAGUCCCUGCUACGGUAGUUCAAGUCCCAACGGCAGUUCCAUCCCACCGUCGCGGCAGGUCCUAUAGUCGCUCUAGCCGCUCGAGCAGAUCCCGUACUCCCAUCAUAAUGCCUGCUACUGGUUCUCACUACUCACAAGGCGUUCCGAUACCGGUUCCCGCACAGCAGCAACCAACCGUGGUUGUACAACCAGGCCAACCGCCUCUACCAAUGCAAGGUCCGGUCAUCCUCCCAUCACAUUCUCACUAUGGUGAAAGACCGCGCAGUCGUCAUUCGUAUCGUUCUCGAAGUUCUCGAAGCUCUCGCUCUCGGUCACCUCAUGUCGUUGUCGUAGGGUCUCAGGCUGGAACUCAACAGCCCCAUCCCACAGUCAUGCCAACGUCUUAUCCUCCUGGAACAUUUCAACAACAACCAACUGUGAUGAUUCCUGGUACUUCUAUCCCGCAGGGAAUGAUGCCUCCGCCCCACGCAACAACAAUCAUUGCUCCUGGAAGCCCACGUUCCUACCACAGUCCCUACCAUAGCCGUGGUCCAAGCCACCGAAGCAGCGGAGUAAGGUCUCGUCGCUCGAGGUCUUAUUCACCCAGACAUUCACGCUAUUCAAGGACUCCUCCUCGGUCGCGUCAUGGAAGGGAGAGUCAUCGCCGCUACUCAUACAGUCGCACUCCUUCGUAUGACAGAGACAGAUCCCACCGCAGGGGUAGACAUCGUGCUGGUCGACCUCGGAGUAUGAGUCGAAGUGUUUCAUACGAUAGUAGAGACCCUUCUCAUCGUCCUCGUGGUGAAAGAGGCCGUAGACGUCCGGGAAGGAGUCGCUCUCGCUCUGUCGAUGAAGGUGAUAGAGGCCGUAGACAUCCUGAAAGGAGUCGAUCUCGCUCUGUAGAUGAAGGUGGUAGACGCCGCCAUAGAUAUCCUGGAAGGAGUCGCUCUCGCUCUGUAGAUGAAGGUGGUAGAGGCCGUAGACAUCCUGAAAGAAGUCACUCUCGCUCUGUAGAUGACGGUGGUAGAGGUCGCCGUACAACACCUUCUCUGACUUAUGGACGUUAUGAGGGCGCCUCAGCCUCUCCGCGCAGCGGACGUUCUCGGGUUUCAGGAGGCCAACGAUCUACAGUCCACCCUGUUCACACACCUUCGGGACGUGCUGCGACUGGUCGUGGCCGUAGUCCCACGUUGAGUCGCGAUCAGGUCGCUACUCCCAUCGAGUUCGAAGAUCAUAAUCUCCCCGCUGGUGUACCCAGCGUGCACCCAACUCGUGAGCUUAUCCCUGCCUUGCCUAAUAUAUUUGAAACUAACACCUCUGUAGAUCCCGAAGAUUAUGAACCACGCCACUCGUUGUAUGGCGAAGGCCAACCCGUUACGCGAUAUCCCUCUCAGGCCGCGAGUAGAGCUGGAACACAUGCCGCUCCAACAGUGGGUACCGAUUAUGAACCCCGCCACCCGAUAUAUGACGAAGGUCAACCCGUCACGCGACAUCCCUCCCAGGCCGCCAGCAGAGCUGGAACACAUGCUCCUCCCCCCAUCAGCAGAGUUUCAACAGUACGUACCCAUCCACCGACUAUCUCAAGGCCUGGUUCUCGAGCAGGAACACUUCCUCCCGACAUAUAUGAUGAUGCGGCACGAUCAGACCUCGAAGAAGUUCAUGGUGUCCCUCAUGUAUCGCAUGCUGCCCACCCUAUUCAUGCUAUUCCCUCGACACAUACUGCUCCUUCUACUCAUGCUCCUCGCACUCCUCGCACUCCUCGUACCUCAGUCACACCCAUUGGUGGUAUUCGUCCAGACCACGAAGCUGAAGAACGGUUGGCUCGUAUGGAUGACAUGGAACGACAACUACAAAGGGUUGCUGAGGAUGCUGAACACGCGGAAGAUUCGCGAGAACACCAGUUCCGCGACCACGAAGAAGAUAGGCAACGAAUCUUCACGGGGAAUGAAGCUCGCAGAGAUGAAUUGGCGGCUGAAGCGCGACAGGCGUUGAUGGAUCAGGCGGCUCAAUUGAUGCCUCCACCAGAGGCAGAGCCCCUUCCUGUUCCACCUCCAAUCUCUUCUAUUCCUGUGGUUCGACCAUAUGGUGAAGGUGAAGCUGAGCAUCUCUCGGACCGUGCAUCCACCAUCAUGGAAGUAGCUAGCCGUCAUGGACGGGAGAUCAGGGAGAUCAUUGACAUGGAGAGAGAAGAAAUGGCUCGAGAACGAGAGGCACACGCAGCUGAGCGUGCUCGGUUGGAGGAUGAAGUGAGGGUAGCGCGAGUCACUGCUGAAGAAGCCACGCAUGCUCGCAUUACAGACCUUGAAGAAGAACUGGCCCGAGUACGUGCUGAACUCGAGAAUGAAAGACAACGACAGGAAGAAGAGAGGCGCCAGAGGGAGAUCGAUGAAGCUGACCUAAGGGAACGUCAAAACGCUGAACAAGAAGAGCGAGAUGAAGGUAUCCGGGCACAACUUGGUGAUAUCACAAACCUUGUCAGUGAACAACGGGCAUUACACGACGAGAAGAGGAGGAUGAUGGAGGAGCAACAAGAUGAGAAGAGAGAGCGCAGGGCUAAAAAGGAUGAAGAUACGUUGAACCUUAUCGCUAUGAUGAAUAAGAUGCAGGAGGACAUGCAGAGGGACAGGGAGAGAGCGGAAGAGAUCAGGAUGGCCGAUGCGGACAAGCCGGGCUUUGAACAAAUGAUUGCGGAGUUGCAAAAGCAAAACGCCGAGCAAAAGGAGUUGCUUGAACGCUUGUCCAACGAAUGGCGAGAGGAUUGUGAACGUCACCAUCAGGAAACUCUGGAUGCAGUGAGGUCGACUGCUGACGAACAGAUCCCAUUCAACGUACAAGGGUAUCUUGAUGAAUUCAGCAAAGCUCUCGCAACAGAAGUUCGGACUCUCCUCGGUGAAGUCGGCAAGUUACGGGAGGAAAGGCGUGGUUUGCAACACGAAAUUGGUUAUCUCCUUUGUAUUCGAUCCAAGUACGGUCCUGGAGGUGAAUUUGAGCCAGACUGGAAACCUCAACCCGGACAGCCUGGAGGACCUCCACUUGAGCCCCCUGCGCCGCCCGCACACAGUGAGCAACCUCCCCCACCGGAACCUGCACGGCCAGCUUGGAGAAAUGUAUAUCCCCGUCGAAGCCGUAAGAAGAAAGAGGCUGCUGCGGCCCCUGCACCUGCACCUCCUCAACCCGAUCCUCGUGCUCAAGCCCAUUCCUGGGUGCAGUGGCAUCCUGACUCGCUGUACGCACCAACCCCUCCUUCUCAUGAACCUAGUACGUUACUCGUUCCAGAAUCGAGUAGUCCCGGUCUAUUUGGACCUCGAUCUCCGCGUAGUUCGAGGCAUGUGGGUUAA